AACCGUUUUAUUUAAAGAACACAGAAAUGAAAAGAAAGGUAGUGAAUCCUGGCAAGAUGAGAUUGAGUCCUAAUGAGGAAGCCUUCAUUUUAAAAGAAGAUUAUGAGAGAAGAAGAAAGCUAAGAUUGCUACAGGUUCGAGAGCAAGAAAGGGAUAUCGCUUUACAGAGAAGAGAAGAUAUAAAACAAAGGAGAAAUCGGCAAUUUAAUCAUUUGGCAGAGGCACUGAGGGCAGAAUGGGAAGAAUCACAGACUCAGAAAAUAAACAACUUGGAAAAACUGUAUUUGGCAAGUUUAAGAAGUAUGGGGGAGGGACACCAACAAGCCAAAGAAAAUGAACCUGAUUUGAAUGCUCUGGCACAGAGGGCAGCAGAAAGAAAAAGAAAAGCCGAACUGAGGCAUAAAGAGGCCCUGAAAGUACAGAAAAAUCAAAAAGAAAUGUCAAUUAAACGAAAAACCUGGCACAUAAAAGCUCGAAAGGAAGCACUGCUUGCGGAAAAAGAGAGGUCUGCCAAAAUUAUAAGUCUGCCACCUCCUCCUCCAACUCUUUUUGAGAACAUUGAAGUAAAGAGAACUUCUAAUGUGAAAACCAAUAGUUCUACCUACCAUCAUCUUUACGCUUUUGUGAAUAGAGAGACAGACACAGAACAGCCAGAUCCUCAUUUGGCUGCUGAAGAAGAAGCUAAAAGACUGGAAGAAGUAGAAAAACAAGCAGAGAAAGAGAGAAUGGAGCAGACUGAAAAGGCACAUGUACGGGGUUUUCAAGCAAUGAAAAAGAUCCAUUUGGCUCAAAAUCAAGAGAAACUAAUGAAAGAACUCAAACAGCUACAGCAAGAGGACCUGGCACGUAGGAGACAGACUGUAGCACGAAUGCCACCACAACUAGUUGCACUUCCAUACAAACGCAGUGAAAUGAAAGAAGACUGGCAGAGAGAGCUCGAAUUUGCCUUUGAAGACAUGUACAAUGCAGACAGGAAGGUGAAAGGAAACCUGAUUUUGCACCUCGAACCAGAACCUUUGCCCACUGUGACUGAUCAGAUCCAAGAUGAAGAACUGGACCUUUCAAUGGAACAAGAAAAUUUAGGUGAAACUGAAAAACCUCCAGUGACAGAAGCUGAAACAAUAUGUCCUGAUGAAGCAGACGUUCCUUUGGCAAUGAAGACCCAGCCACUCCCUUCAAAAAUUAUUUUUAAAAAAUUAUUAAAUAAGAUCCGAAACCAGAAAUCUCUAUGGACAAUUAAAUCCAUGUCUGAAGAUGAAAGUGAAAUGACUACGACUAUUAGUGAAGCUGAGAGUAAAGCACCAACAUUUGAAUCAGAAACAAUUGAAGAGGGAACAUUAUCCUCUAGGCAGGAGCAAGUUGAAAGUGAUAUGCUAACAGUUGACUCUGGACCACUCACUAGUGAAGAUCAACCAAUUUCAUGUGAUGCAGACUCUAAAAAGGAACAAGAAAUAAAUGAGACCGAGCCAAUCACAGCUGUAGCUCAGAGUUCAGUUCUACUCCAUCCUCAAGAGGAAGCAAUCAGAAUUAGAAUGGCAGCAAGACAGAAACAGAUAAUGGAAAUAGAAGAACAGAAGCAAAAGCAAUUGGAAUUACUUGAACAAAUUGAACAACAGAAGUUAAGAUUAGAAACUGAUUGCUUCAGAGCUCAGUUGGAAGAAGAAAAAAUAAAAAAACCUCACCAGGCUGAGGUUGGCAGUUCUCAAGCAUCAUGCACCAUAAGUACUGAUGAAGAUAGUCAUAGGCAGAUGAUUCGCAACUAUCAACAUCAGCUUUUACAGCAAAAGAGGCUUCAUACACAGUCUGUUGAAACAGCCAGGAAACAAUUACUCCAAUAUCAGACUAUGUUAAAAGGAAAGUAUCCAUCCAUGCCAGCUGCAUCAUCAAUAUCUGAUUCUGUUGUAUCAGCCCCACUACAGAAAUAUGAAAGACCCACUAUUAUAUCAGAACUUUGGGAUCAAGGUCAGAGACCCAAAUUGAGCCCUAACAAAUAUGAACAUAUACAACCCACACAGAUCCCCCAAUUAGGACAAGAUUAUUUUCAGGUUCCAAGGCAAAAUCGCUUUCCACAAAGACAGGUAGGGACAACAGAAACAGAUGUUUUAGCGAAGAAAUGUUUGGGAUCACAAGAACAGCCAAAGGAAUUUUCACAGACUGAAACACAGCAGAGAGACUAUAAAUCAGUUCCUAAAGAUUCUCAUAUACUUUCAAGGACUUUAUCACAUGAUAGGCCACUAAUACUGCAGCAUGCUAAUGAAGUAGCUGGCACUUUAGACUCCCAGCAAAUGUUCUCAGAGAACAAUGAAAAUACAUCUUCUAAGCCAAGGGAACCUUCUUCAUACCUACCACUGUUAGCUGAGCAUUCUUUUAUAUCUCAGCCUACUAAAGUUGAAUCUGGAAAAAUCCAGGAACCCUCUUCAACAAUGAGCAAAGAUACAGUAAGACACUCUGUAAUCAGCCAAAUGCAGGAUAAGUCUUUGCCAUCCUCAGGGAACAUCACAGCCCAGAAAGGUCAUUUGAAGCUUCUCCAAGAGCAGUUAGACCUACAGAAGGAAGUUCUUCGGUCCAGACAGGCAGCCCAGGAACAAUUGCUUUUGGGCAAACAAAAAGACUUAGAAGGUGAAACCGGCACCUCUAUAUUCCUUCCAUUGGUACCUAUGGAUUCAUUUGCUUCACUGCCUUCUGUCAGAGCUGAAUCAGGGAGAAUCCAGGAACCUUCUCCAUCCAAGAAUGACACUGCAGUUCCCUCAGGCCAUCCUGGGGUCCCACAACUUCAGGAUAGGCUUUUGGGUUUUUCACAGUCUAUCUUAUCACAGCAAGAAAAUUUAAAAUUUCUUCACGAACAGUUAAAUAUUCAGAGAGACAGCAUUCAGGCCAGGCGGGAAGCCCAGGAAGUAUUACAUGUACAUAAACAGGGUGAGCUGGGUGGAAGAGUAUGGUCUGAACAAACUGAGCCACCUUCUCUCCCCUCGCAGGUAGCUCAGCAUACAUUUCCUCCAUUCGUUUCUGCUGGUACUCAGUCUGGAAAAAUCUGGGAGCAGUGUUCAUCUAAAAAUGAGGAGGGACUUUUUUCAAACCAAUCUGAAAUCCCCAAAUCUCAGGAUGGCUCUUUGAGUUUCCUGCAGCAGUUCCUACCUUUGCACAAUAGUUUGAAGUUGCUCCAAGAACAACUGACUGCACAGAGGGAUGCUCUUCAGGCGAGGCAUGAAGCCCAGAUGGAAUUACUUUCACAUAGACAAAGGGAUUUGAGAGACAGUAAGUCUGGGCAGAUGAGUUCUUCAUUUCCACCAAUGGGUGCUCAACGUUCAGCUGUGUUGCAAGCUUCUGUUAAAACAGAGCCCAGAAGAAUUGAGAAUCCUUAUUUGUCUGAGAAGGAAAGGACUAUUCCCACAAGUCGCUCAGUAAUCCCAACAUUUCAGGAUGAGCCUUUCAGUUCUCCACAGCAUAGCCUGCCACAGAAAGAAAAUUUGACAGCACUCCAAAGUGAAUUUGAAAAAGGAAUUUCUUCUGAACAGACUGACACAUCUUUAUCCCUAACCCAAGUAGCUGAAUCUGAAAGAUGCCGGGAAUUUUCAUCAAGUGACAGUGCUGGUCCCUUAAGCCAUUCUAAGAUCCCAAGGUUUCCGGAAAGAUUUCUGAGAUUUUCACAGGGUCAUUUGGAGGAACACCAAGAAUGGCUAGCCACAGAGGAGGCCCUUCACUUUAGCAAAAAAGCCCAAGGAAAUAUAUCUUCUGAACAAACUGGUUCCUCAUUUGUACCACAGUUAGGACACCUUUCAUUUGCUUCAGUACCUUCUGAAUCUGGUAAAACCCAGGAACCUUUUUCAACAGAGAGGGAUGAUAAAAUUCCUUCAAGCCAUUUUCAGAUCCCAGAAUUGCAAGAUAGGCUUUUGAAGAUAUCACAACGUAUCCAGCCUCAACAAGAUAAUUUGAAGGCGCUUCAAGAACGGUUAGCUGCACAAAGGGAAGCCAUCAUUCAGUCUAGACAGGAAGCCCAGGAAGAACAUGAACAGAGGGAGUGGAGGGAAGGAAUAUCUCCUGAGCAGGCUGGCACCUCUUCCUUCUUACCUCUAAGGGUACAAUAUUCAUUUGCUUCAUUACCUCUAACUGAAUCUGAUAUAAUCCAAGAACCUUGCCCAACUGAGAGUGAUAAUACAGCCUCCUCAAGUCAUUCUGAAAUACCAAGAUUGCCUCCUCCUCUUUUGGGUUUAUCACAGUCUGUUGUACCUCAGCUUAUAUUGCCCAGACAAAAUAAAUUUGAGGAAAAGUUAUCUUCUGAGCAUUUUAUUCAACCUCACCAUCGUGAUUUGAUGGUACUUCAGCAGCAAUUAGAUUUACAAAGGGAAGCCAUUCGAUUUAGGCAAGAAGCCCAGGAAGAAUUGCUUUCGAAAAGACUAAGUAAAUUGGAUAAAAGGGUAUCAUCUGAGCAGGUUAGCUCCUCUUUAGCCUUAUCCCAAAUAGCACUGCCUGUUGACUCUGAAAGAAUCCAGAAGUCUUUUCCAACCAGAUCACAGGAUAGGCUUUUAAGUUUCUCACAACCUAGUCUGCCUCAGCAAGUUCAUUUGACAGCACACUUGGACUUGCAAAAUGAAAUGGUGCACUCUGAUGAGAAGGCCCAGGAGGAACUACUUUUAACCAGAAAAGGUAAGUUGAUUGAAACUGAAUCUUCUGCGCACACUAUUCCUUCUUUGUUUCUACCCAAGGAAAGAGAACAUUCAUUUAUUUCACUACCUUUUGCUGAAGUUAAAUAUAAAGAUAUUUGUGAAUCGGAUUCAUCCAGAAAUGAACAUACAGUUUCUUCAAGCGAUUCUGUGAUCCCAAAAUUUCAAGGUAGACUUUUAAGUUUUUCACAGUCUAACUUAGCUCAGCAACAUAACUUGGGACUUCAGAAGCAGUUGGAUCUACAAAGAGAAGUUCUGCAUUAUAGCCAAAAAGCCCAAGAAGAACUGCUAGUACAGAGACAAACCGCAUUGCAGCAGCAGAUACAGAAACACCAAGAGACCUUGAAGGAUUUCCUUAAAGACAGUCAGACAAGUAAGCCCACUCCUGAAAAUGACUUACAACACCAGAUGCUCAGAGAGUGGCUUCCUCAUUUCCAAGACCAAGCAAGAGGUGAUCAUGAAAAGAUUAGUUCUAUAGACAGAAGCAACUCUGAUGAUAAUCAGCUGCUUUCAGAAGGUGAACAUCUGAACAAAGAACUGGGUAGGAGAGCCUCAAAGCCACCUGUAGCAAAAGUUAAAUGUGGAUUGGACUUGAACCAACAUGAACUUAGUGUGAUACAAGAGGUAGAAUCACCAGCAAGCGGCAGACCUUCUAUACUAGGUAAUCUAGAUUUUUAUCAAGACAGAGACCCCCUAAGGGUCUCUAUAAGUCGAGAACAAAGUUUUCUUGGGACUCCAUUGGACUGUGAUCCAUUUGCUCAUCCUCACCCGAUUGCCCAAGAGAACAUCUGUGGUGACAACUCUAAUGAAACAGUCAAGGUCAAAGAGGCUGUGGUUGAGAAUCAGGCAGUAUUAAGUUAUGCUGUGGACAAAGAAGAACGUACAUAUCUGAGUGCAGCUGUGAGGCCAGUUAAUAAGGCUGAAACACAAGAGAUUUAUCAUGAACCAUUAUCUUCAAUAACUAUUUCAACUGGAAGCUUAAGUAAUGAAAACACAGAUUUGAGCUUUACAGAUCCAGAGUUGUUUUCAGAGCAUGUGGACCAUGGGGAACAAGGAUCUACCACUGGCAAAGAAGCAGCAGCAGCUAUUUUAAGUUCUACAGUUCCUCCAUCACAAGUUAUUAAUAAAAACUCUUGGGAUGUUCUUAAACCUCUGUCCCCUGCAGCAGAAAAAUUUAUACCUGGUCAAGCACACAUUCAGCAGACGAUAGACAAGUACAUAAAUGAAACAAAUUUGAUGACUGAAAAAACAGACUUGUGGGUUGAUCUUGACUUUCCUGAAUUGGAAUACAUUUUUCCAAGUUUUCAUCGUCAGCUGUUUAAACCCUUGGAACCACAGCCAGAUUUUGAUUUGUCAUCAUUAUCCUCCGGGAUUUCUCAAGAGAGCAGAGACUUUUACCAGCAGAGCUCAGAGGCGUCAGGUGAAAGCCACCAUGCAACUCUGUCUCCCAGAAGAACAGCUUCCUUUACAGCACUGAGGAGGACCAGCCUGCCUUCUCCUCUUAACACACGCCCGAGCCAGCCACCUGACCCCAACCAGACUCGUGCUGCAGCUCUGAGUUUUGGCACAGAAAGUAUUAUUGAGGGAUCUGAACAAUCUUUUCAACAGCUUCUGCCAGAGUUUUCUUCACAGGAGGGGAGCCAGCAUGCUGAUCUACCAAGUAUUUUUAGCAUUGAAGCAAGAGAUUCUUCCCAAGGCAUGGAAAAUCAGUACUCCUCUGAACCGACUGAAGUAUUACAAAAUAAGGGGGAAAAUGUUCAUUUCCAGCUCUCUGUAGGAAAUUUGAAAAGUUCAGUCUUCAGUUCAUCUGCUGAGGCUAAUGUAUUUCAUCAGUUAAAUAUACCGCAUAGUACUCCAUGUGGUUCUACCACUAGUGAGUGCUCAAUGAAAGACCAAUUAGAAGGCCAAAGAGAAGGACUGGGCUUUGAAGAACUAUCAGAAAGAGGGGUUGAUAAAGUGUUACACAGGCAAGGACUCGCUGAAGAGAAUAAAAAUGAAACCUGUGGAGUUUUAAGUGUAAAUCUCCAUGUACAGGAAAUUGACUCACAAUUAUGUGUAAGAACAGUGGAGAUGGGAACUUCAGUUCAGAUACCACAUACUAUUCAGAAUGAAAAAUAUUUUGAGAACUCUAUUAAAGCAGAAAUUCCAAAAAUCAUACCAAACCGAUCUCAGCCAUCACAAUCAGAGCUGUUUUUCACUUCUGGAUCAUUUCCACUACAGAGCUCUAUUCCAGUCUGGGAGACAGAGUCUGGCCAUGGUAUAAUGGAAGAACCAGAACUUACGUUAGUAAGCACCAGUGACAUCAGUAUUACCGAAAUGGAUUUUGCAAACUUAUCCAUAGAAGAAAAGGAUGAGGCAAAAAGUUUUCAGGAGAGUGAAUUUCUGCCUCUUGUACCAGAAACAGAAAACUCUGCACAAGACCAUUCUGUGGAGGAAACAGCUGCAAUAUCUGCAGAAACCCUCUCAAAGUUUACACCUGCACCAGGAAGCUUACAAGAAGCAUUUGCAAUGAGAAAAAAAUCAUUUAUAGAGAGAUCCUGCCAGAGACAGAAAGAAAUAAGGAAUAAAAUACAUGAAAACCAAGUAGUUAAGGCAACACUUUCUAUAGGUUCACCUGUGAGUGGCCUAAAAAGUAAAGUUAGAGUGUCACUUCCCAAAGAUAGAAAGACUGCACAGGCCCUCAAGCACCAAAGGACUCUAAGGUUACACAAUCAGUUAGCUGAAGUAAAACGGCAAAAGGAAGAGAAAGCAAAACAAGAAGCUUAUGCCCAAAACAGAGCUAGAGCAAAAGAAUUUCAUAAGGUGAGUAAGGUGCAAAGUGGUUUUUCAUGUCAAAGGUACACAAUUGAAACUAAAUUUUACUUUUAUUCCCUCCACAGAAAACACUAG